UAGUUGUUAAACAAACGUCAGCGCGCGCGGUUAACUCUCUCGUAUUUGGUUGGAGAACCACGAAAAGCGCUUGCGCGAAGCUGCUGAAAAAUCUUUUGAGUAAAGGAGACAAAAGACAACGUGAAAAACGAUAGGAAAACAACAACUAAAAACGAAAAAAAUAAAACAAUAAACCAGAAAACAAAAAGCAAAAAAAUAAUAACAUCGCUAACAUAUGUAUGAGGCUAGGUCGACAAACAAACAAAUGAAUAAACGAUGAGUGUCUGAGUGAACGAGUGUGUGUGUGUUUGUGUGUCUGUGUGAGUGUAUUGAACGAAUAAACAAGUAUUUUGUCGCUAUCGUUGUCGGUCGGUUGUCGUUGUUGCACCCACGUCGAAUACUCACCAAACCAAAGCAAAGCAAAGCAAGGCAAAGCUCUUCCCUCGACGGAUUUGUCAAACGCUUUUGUGGAACUCGGAAUUGGAAUUGGCAUCGGCAUCAGCACAACGGAUUUCUUCAUUUUCAAGGUUAUAGGGUCAUCACACUUUUGCCAUUUAAAGACUGCCCAAAAUAGAUCAAAGUGAAGAUGCCGCGUAAACUGCUGAAAUUUCUCAUCAUCUUUGACAACACCUCGUUGCUGUACUUUCCGGGACAAUUCCUCUCCGGUCGUGUGCUCAUCGAACUGCAGGAUGAGACACCCGCCUUGGGACUUCAUUUCCAUGUCGUGGGCGAGGGCGUGGUGCGUGCGGGGGGACGUCAGGAGCGCACCUACGACAAGGAGAACUACAUAGAUUUUCGCAUGCGACUGCUGGGCGAUGUGGAUCAAGGACCUGCCAUCCUCUCCCCAGGCAUACAUAGUUUCCCCUUCAAACUCGGACUGCCGGUGGGUUUGCCUUCCACAUUCCUGGGCAGCUUCGGUUGGAUACAGUAUUUCUGCACAGCGGCGCUGCGAGAACCCAAGGGACUGACUCACAAGAAUCAUCAAGUGUUCAUUGUAAUGAAUCCCAUCGAUCUGAACCUAGAGAAGCCUAUUUUAUCGCAACCGUUCACAUGCGAGGUGGAGCAUAAGCUGGGCGUGGUUGCCUGCGUGGGCGGUGGACAGAUCAAGUGUCGUGUGAUCUUGGAUCGUGGUGGUUAUGUGCCCGGAGAGAAUAUACUGGUCACAGCAUUCAUAUCGAAUGCCAGCAAUGUGACAAUCAAACGCACCAAGGCAUCGCUAACAGAGACAAUUGAAUACUUGGCGCGUGGCAAAACUGUGCAAACGGAGAAGCGAGCAUUGGCUGUGUUGGUGCGUGGCAAGAUACGUCCUGGGGGCAAGGAUGAGUGGCAUAACGAUAGCCUCUAUGUGCCACCGUUGCCGCCAACCAAUCUUCAAGGUUGCCACUUGAUCAAAAUCACCUACGAUGUUUUCUUUGUCAUCGAACCCAAGUCCAUGGAGAAGGAGGUCAAGCUGCAGCUGCCCAUUGUUUUGGCCACUUAUCCGUUCCGUAACAAUGCCAACGAUGUGAGCAACACGUGGCCCGAAUCGGUGCUUAAGCCCGACACGCAUUAUCCAUCCACGCUGCCCAUAUUCCGUCCGUGGCUGCACGAGAAACCCGACGCAUAGGGAUCCAUCCAGAAUCACAUCUGAACACUCGACUUGGAAUUAUGCGUUCGAUUGUUAAUCUAAUAUUUGCGCCAUAAAUUAAUUUAUAACUUAUUUAACGUUUAAUUCAUUUUGUAAUGUUUUGUGACACCACUAAAAAGACAGUAAACGAAAACGAUGAAA